ACACUACUAGACUCAGAUCUCCGAGGUGGGGAACUCUCUCGCCGUGGUGCUCGGUAGAUUUGCGGUUCACGUUCGACGCAGUUCUUGCACGGGCAGCAGGUAUUAUAUGGGGAUGCUUUGGAAGGCCUUGACGCUGCUCGUCCUCGGCUAGUCACCAGAAAACGGAGAGGUUGUCAAGCCGCUCAAGCGGCCUUAGCUGUUACUUUCCAAGUGAAGAAACUGCUCUCUGCACCGCCUAGUCCAGUCUCCCCGACCUCGAAGUCAAGCAAUCUUCGUCCAGAUCACGUCCGGUGGUGUGCGCGACCUCCGUAAGCAUCACCUUGAUGGCAACAAUGAAGGCGAGUUUUGCUCGCCCGACUCCUCUUGUGCUUCUUGUCCUCGUGGCUAUGGUGUCCAUGGUGACAUGUCAGGACCAGUGCGUUGACUCGCACCUGGGUCAGUUGUACGGGCAAGAACAGGCAGACCUUAUCUUCUGCCUCCAACACGCUGGAGGGUGGUACAGCACCUACUGCGGCGGCAGGAACAUCUGGACUUGGGGCAGUGGAUGGCAGGACCCUAACGAGGGCUGGAAUCGCUGCCGGGACUGUCUUGUCAGUGCCGCCACGAGCGGGCAAGGCGAAGCCAAGUGCGAUCGCUGCGCAGGUCUUGGGUGCGCAGCACAUUUUGCAGCGGGGUAUUAUAAGCCUUAAGUUGAGGGCUGAGAGCCAGUGAGAGGAGAUGGGAGGGGUUCAUGAACUUCAUGCACACGGGCGGUGAUGCAUGCAGACGCAAGAAGAUGCACGGAGUCGUCCGGGAAAUGGGAAUCUAGACAGGCAUAGUCAAUGGAGAUUGAGUGCACAAACUUGCACUCCUACUGUUGGAUACAAACAACCUCAUGCAAUAGCACGUGGAUGUGACCACACGGUCCACACCUGUAUUCAAUGAGAUGUGGCAGUGGAUCUAAUUAGAUGCUUGACACACGGUUGGUAAGCAAACACCUGUUUGCGCAUCAGCAGCGCAUGGCGGCUUCGCCGGCAUGGGGUACAUAUGAAGUGUGCACUGUGAAAUUUGAACUCUAAAAGUCGACUUUGAAAACAAUCAUUGCUCAGGAAGGAGAUGGACAAAAUUAUUGGCCCCUCCCUCUUCCGGAGGGAUGGCUACAACCACUUCUCAGAUGCUCCUGUGCCUCUCUGCAUCUCUGUUUCUUUGUCCUUUUUUGACUUUUGUACCUCUUGCUUUCUUUCAGCUUUUCUAUGUUUGUUUUGUUUGUUUGUUUGUUUGUUCCUGAGUUGAUUAUGCUUCCAUGAUUCCGAUCUAUGAUUCGGGAGCUGCACUGCCAGAAAAACUGGGUUUAUUCUCCCACAAGUAAUUACAGAAGAUACACGCCUGGCUGGAAGCAUACCAUGUCCAGUAUCCCGUCCAAGACUCCAUGACUGCGGAAAGAAGACCAGCUCAACGAGAUGACGGCAGAACAGCAUAUUUUUCCGACAAACCCUUUACUAUUGCUUUUUUCGCGUCAGAGAGGAUCUGGGGGCCGGAAAGAGCGAGGAUGAUACUAACCGUAGAGUUUUUCCUAAUGCUCUCUCUCUCUCUCUCUCUCUCUCUCUCUCUCUCUCUCUCUCUCUGUGUGUGUGUGUGUGUGUGUGUGUGUGUGUGUGUGUGUGUUAGAUCAGUAAUCUACGAGCAUGAGUUGCAUCAGAAGGGUGCGAGUGGAGGCAACUCUACCAAUGUAGGACAGAUCCGUACAAAUUACAAUCCACACAACUCAUACAGGCCUUGCUGGGCCUGAUAAUUAUGGGGGGUAAAGCUAUCCUGAUCGUUGGUGUUAAUACUCUGUGGGGUGAAAGGAAAAAGAAAAGACUGUUUCUGUGGCUCAGACAUCUUCAGGGCCUACCCACGAGCCUAGCUCAGUGCGUACGCCCAUAACGCAUGAACUGUU